AUGGCUACUGCGAGAGAUAAUUCCAAGCCCUACAUACCUAUUGCCGGUGGCGCAGAUGAUGGCUGGUCAAAAGAAGGCGAGGCGACUGCCACAUGCUACUGUGGUGCGGUCCAGUUGGCCUUUCCAACACAAGGCCCAGGCCUAAUCGACACAUUCACCUGCCAUUGCGCAGACUGCCGAAAAAUCACCGCAUCCAUGUUCGCGACCAAUUUCAUUGUGGCAGACACACAUCUAAAACACCUACGUGGCCAAGAAACCCUCAAAUCAUUCAGCCAGUCGAAAACCAUAGCCUCCGGCAAGGCAAUGACAAAUUGUUUCUGUUCCACAUGUGGAUCGCUCAUGUACCGCAUCAGUGAAGUGUUCCCAGGACAUAGUAUCCUGCGUACCGGAACAGUGGACGAUUUUACCCUACAUGAAACCAAAUUGAAGCCCAGGUUUGAGCUAUAUACCAAGGACCGAGUGGGAUGGCUUCGGGGUGCAACUGAUGUGGAGCAGGUCAAUGGAUCGGCUUAUACUCCAAAGGGACCUGGUCUUUCUGGACUCUGA